AUGGCGGCCCGCAAAUCCUGCACUACGCUGACAUGGGCGGAAGCGAAAAAUCGUACUGGGAGUGUCGGUCAAAAGAAGAACAAGGAAGUGCUGCGAAAGCAAAACCAUGGACAAGUCCUUGCCAACAAGAUUAUUGCCAAAUCCGGUGGCGAUGUCAAAGACUCUGAGAAUCGCAAAUUGAAAAAGGCGUAUCGAAAGCAAGAGGAAAAGGCCGCCGCAAUUGCCGCACAAAGAACGGAAGAACGAGAGCAAAAGCGAUUGGCGGCCAUGCAAGAAGUGAAACCCUACGAUCGCGCCAAAGAACGGUUGGCCGACAUGAUCCAAGAAUUACGCGGCAGCAGUGGCGAUCCGCCCAAAAUGAUUUCCGUCGAGGACAUGGACUCGGAAGAAACACUAGCGAAAAUUGCCGAAUGCAAACAAAUGCAAUUGGACGAGAUCAUGGCACUCGAAGCAAUGAUCCCAGAAGAAGAUUUCGUCAUGUGUCACGCCGAAAAAGUACAAGAGCUGCGAGAUCUCUUGGAGGACGAAGCCGACGAUGCACACGACCAAAUUGCUCGACAACCGCCAAUUGCAUUUUAUAUUCGACUCGAAGUGGACGAUUAUCGAGACAGCAACAAUGACGACAAUGAGAUGGAUCUCAACACCAUGGUCUUGAUACGCGUCACAUUGCCUCCUCUCUAUUUAAACAGCGAAGGAUCCCAAGAACCCAUCUGGAAUUUUGAUUACGUCAUGGUCACCGAUAAAAAUGCUCUUUGUAGUGCUGACAAACCGCUGGAAUCCUUGGCUUGGUUGGACGAAAUCAAGCUCAAGGAAGCAUUGGCAAAACAGGCACAAGAAGACCUGUUGCCGUAUCCGUGCGUAUAUGAAUUGGCUGUCACAUGGCUCUCCGAAAACAUCUACGACUAUUUGAACAUGCAAAGCCAUUUGCUAGCUACCAAAUAG